AUGCCCAAUAACGUUGGUAUCAAAGCGAUCGAAGUCUACAUCCCUUCCCAGGCUGUCAACCAGGCCGAGUUGGAGAAAUAUGACAACAUUCCAGCAGGAAAAUAUACCAUUGGUUUGGGCCAAACAAAUAUGGCGUUUGUCAACGACAGAGAAGAUAUUUAUUCUUUGGCUUUAACGGUGACUUCAAAUCUUUUGAAAAACUACAACGUGGAUCCCAACUCGAUUGGACGUUUGGAAGUUGGAACUGAGACUCUUUUGGACAAAUCCAAGAGUGUCAAGUCGGUUUUGAUGCAGUUGUUUCCUGAAAAUUAUGACAUCGAAGGAAUUGAUACUUUGAACGCGUGUUACGGAGGAACCUCGGCAGUGAUUAAUGCUGUCAACUGGAUCGAAUCGUCGUCGUGGGAUGGACGCGAGGCUAUUGUUGUGGCUGGAGAUAUUGCCAUUUACGCCGAGGGUGCUGCCAGACCAACUGGAGGUGCUGGAGCUGUGGCGUUCUUGAUUGGUCCUGACGCCCCAAUCGUGUUCGAUACCACUAGAGGUACGUUCAUGGAACACGCCUACGACUUCUACAAGCCAGAUUUUACUUCGGAGUACCCAGUUGUCGAUGGCCACUUUUCGUUGAGUUGUUACGUUAAAGCCGUUGACCACUGCUACCAAGCCUACUCCAAGAAACUCGGCCGCAAAGCCGCGGGUCUCUUCUCCCACUUUGACUACAACGCUUUUCACGUUCCCACUUGUAAGUUGGUUACCAAGUCGUACGCUCGUUUGUUGUACAACGACUACAAAGCCGACCCCGAGUCGUUCAAGGACCUCAUUGACGCCGAAACAAAGGCCACUAUUGACGCCUUGACCUACGAACAGUCGUUGGUCGACAGAAACUUGGAAAAAGUGUUCCUUGGAUUGUCUAAAACCGAAGCGAAAACCAGACUUGAUCCGGCUUUGAAAGUGCCCACCAACACCGGAAACAUGUACACUGCUUCCGCAUGGGUUUCUUUGGCAUCUGUCUUGUACUACGUUGGCUCCGAGAAAUUGCAAGGUAAGAGAAUUGGAUUGUUCUCGUACGGUUCAGGAUUGGCGGCUACAUUGAUGUCAAUGACUGUCAAAGGAGAUAUUUCGCAAUUGACGAAAAACUUGAACUUUGACCACAAGCUCGGCGAAGGAAGAGUUAUCCAAUCACCAGAAGCCUACGUUGCUGCCCUCGAAUCUAGAGAAAAGGCUCACUUGAAAAAGUCGUACAAGCCACUGGGAUCCAUUGAGUCGCUUGUACCUGGUACUUACUAUCUUGUUGACAUAGACGACAAGUAUAGAAGACUGUACGAGAAGAAGUAG